CUCUGGCCACGUCCCCGGGCCACGUCGCUCGGUGCCCGCUGUGCGCUCGCCAUCUUCGCCGCCUCGGUCCCCGGUUCCUCUCCCUCCGACGCCGCCAUGAACGUCUUCCGCCUCACCGGGGACCUCUCCCACUUGGCGGCCAUCAUCAUCCUGCUGCUGAAGAUCUGGAAGACCCGCUCGUGCGCCGGUAUAUCUGGGAAAAGUCAGCUCCUCUUUGCCUUGGUCUUCACCACUCGAUACCUGGACCUCUUCACUUCGUUCAUUUCACUUUAUAACACUUCUAUGAAGCUGAUCUACAUUGCUUGCGCCUACGCCACCGUUUACCUGAUCUACAUGAAGUUCAAGGCCACCUACGACGGGAAUCACGAUACCUUCAGGGUGGAGUUUCUUGUGGUCCCCGUGGGCGGAUUGUCGUUCCUGGUCAAUCAUGAUUUCUCCUCUCUGGAGAUCCUGUGGACUUUCUCCAUCUACUUGGAGUCCGUGGCGAUCCUUCCCCAGCUUUUCAUGAUCAGUAAAACCGGGGAAGCGGAGACCAUCACUACCCACUAUCUCUUCUUCCUGGGCCUCUACCGUGCCUUGUACCUCAUCAACUGGAUUUGGCGUUACUACUUUGAGGGGUUCUUUGACCUCAUAGCCGUGGUGGCUGGGGUGGUCCAGACCAUUCUGUACUGCGACUUCUUCUAUUUGUACGUUACAAAAGUGCUCAAAGGGAAGAAGCUGAGUUUGCCAGCCUAAAGUGCCACGGGGGGCUCCAUCCCGGAUGCGUAGAGAGAACAAUCCCGACCGUCAAGAGGUUGAAGAUGCUUGAACAGACGGCCCCCCCGCCCUCUCCUUGCAGAGAGACCCCCGCGCUGGGGCUGGGUGGGCUCUGUAGGUCCAGAGAACAAAUGACUUCUGUUGGAUGCAUCUUGCCUCCCCCCCCCUUUCCCUCUCUUUUUUUAUUACUAUGUAUAAAGAUUUUUUACACGAGAGAAACUUAAUACCGUGUGGAUUUAAUUCAGCGUGUAGUUUCAAAUUGGAGUAGUUCCAAAAACACAGUGAGGUUUUUUUUUCUCCUUUCUUUCUUUUUGGGUGGGUGGGAAACUUGGGGAUCAGGAAUCAGCGCAAAAAAAAACCCCACUUCUUUUUCCAAAAGAUUUCCUGUCAAUUGCUGAAUGAUUUUUAUUUUUGGCGCGCACAGGCCUGGGCUGAUUGACGGAUGGUAACUCCCUCCCUUGUUUGUUUCCAAAUUUCAUUCCCACCUGUAUUUAUUUUCCUUUUGGCUCCUCGCCCUCCAAACGUGGAGCGUUUUGUGCGUAGGCUGAAAUCCAAAAAGCGUCGUCAGAAAACGCUCGCGGAAAAGGGCGUCACGGUUUCACGAAUCCCUUCAAUUGCUCCCUUUCGCUUUUUCCUUUCCUUAAAAAUGAUGCUCCCGUCGGUAGCAUCUAUUAAUAAAUACUCCCCUCUUACUUCUCUUCGCCUGAAGACACGAGUUAAAACUAUUGGGUGCCAAUGCACAAUUUUUUAUUUUUUUCCCCCUUCUAAUGUAACGGUUUCGCAGCGGCCAUUCUUGUUUGCAUGUGCCCCCGUCUUGACUAAAAUUAUUCCGCAAUUUUUGCAGGGUGUGUGCGCGUGUUAUUUCUAAACCAUUUUCUAUUGACAGCAGAGUUCACCCCACCCCCUGUGAUCAUCGUCUGGCUGAAAUCAUCCACAGGCGGCAAUUUUUAACGGUGUCUCCUAUCUUUUUUAAUACAGAAUCCUUUUACAAGUAAAAACGUCUUUAUUUAGCUUUUCCAGCAAUUUUAGAACGUGCCUGUUGUUUUGGACGAUCAAUGUUCCUUUUAUAGACUUGUUCCUGAAUCAUUCUCUUAGCUUUCUUUUCUUUUCUUUUUAAAACUGAACUCUGUUGCAUGAUUUAUCCUGUGUUACCAUCCUCAAUAAACAUUUUAUGAAGUGGUU